ACAAUAAGCCAAGCAGCCUCGCCUCUUGUCUCCAAUAUGGCGGCUACUUUGAGAAGGAGCAAGUAAAGUAACGCGAAUUCAUCUCCUAGUUUUUCCUGAAGAUGUUUGAAAAUAAGCUUGGCUGUUGUCCCAGGAGCACGGUAUUUGUUUUGGAUCGUAGCUGCAGGUUUCUGGAUCCGUCAAAGCAGUACAUCGAUAUAGACGGUGUUGGCAAGGGUCGCGGCAAGGGGACAUCAGCCGAGAAAAUAGGUCCGGUUUUCAAAAACGCGUGGACUUGUAGCGUGGAGGCAACCGUGGAGUACAGUAGGAUCGUCUAUGAUAUUUUCCCCCACGAAUAUCAGAUACAAGUAAUUGUUUCUGAUGAGAAAGCUCACAAGAUUAAUACAAAGUCCCCAGACCAGCAAUGCGUGCCACAUCUGUUGCGUAUGUUUGCUGGCCUUGGUCCUCCAAAGCCUGACAAUGAGGAGGAUUGUUCUAUGCUGCAUGGUCUGACUAUGGCUGUGCAGUGUGCCAGUGAGCCUGCUCCCAUGAUGAAGAUGCAAGGAAAACCCUGCCCUGAUGAGGAUGGCAAAGUCAGAAUUGUGUGCAUCACAACCUUGAAAAAUGAUGCCCACUUGAACACUCUUGUUGCAUGCGUCAGUGAUGCUUUGCAAAAUACAACAAGUGAUCCCAUCAAGUUUCUCGAUUUGACAAUUUUCCAUGUCAUCCAUACUACCGAUGGAGCCAAAUUCUCAGAAAAAAUACCAAAGCCAAGCUCACCAAGUCUGUCAGUCUGUGUUCACUCUGUCAAGUCAUCUCAACUUGUCACCAAACUGAGUUUAAUGGCCAUGAAGCACUUUACUCUUAGCUCAACAACAGUAACUGGGAUUCCAAUGAAGGAGGAGCAGCAGUCGGGAAGCUCAGCUAACUACGAUGUAGAAAUUCUUCACCCUGCUGAGGUUCAUCAUGAUUUGAAUGUUGUCAAUCAGCUGUGUGGUGAGGAGAGUGAGAGCUCACCUCCAGCUCCCCCUAGCUCAGGGGCAUCAAGCAGUGGUAAAAAAGAAGUUAACAAGGACACAGUCUACCUCAAGUGGUGUACACCCAAGAACAGUACUGCAAAUGAUCUCCAGCCUUGUAUUGGAUCCUACAGACUAACUCCUGUUGAGGUUAACAGCAGACCAGCAGCAUGCCUCAUAUCAUUUUUGUUACAAGGACGAUACGUGAUGCUGGAACAACCACGAAAGACUGGUAGCAAAGUUAUCUCUCAUAUCUUGAUGAGUCAUGGAGGUGACAUCUACAUUCACUGUGUCUCUACAUCGCGCACCCCAAAUGAGGAUCCUCCCUCUAUUAGUGAAGGGGUCGGUGGGCGGGUAACCGACUACAGGAUAAAUGAUUUUGGUGAAUUCAUGAAGUCUAACCGGCUGGCACCAUUUCCCAAGAAAUCUAAAGGAAAUGUCAUCCCUCUAGAACGAAGUAUGAGAAGGCUUGAACGCUGCACACGGCACUGCCCCCUUGUCAUCAGUGACACCUUGGUUGGCAACAUGAUGCAGCAUCUAGAACCUUUGUCUUCACACUUGAUGAAGGAGGCCCUAACGGAUGACGAGGUGUUGGAGUGCAAGGGAGUGAUCUACAAGCUGCAAGCGAUGGAGAGUAGAAACGACGUCCUGCCCAUCACGAUGAUGGGUGUAAGGGGGAAAGGGCCAAAGAGGGAUGAGCAAUACCGGCAAUUGUGGGCGGAGCUUGAGAUUUUCCUGGAAGCAGCGAGUAAGACUUCAAGGAAUCAUGAAAGGGUUUACGAGUGCCUCAAGACGCCAGGGAGCCCGUCACUCAGUUCCCAUAGCAGCCCGCGAGCCACGCCCACUGACGAGCUCGAGAGGCCUGGUGGUAGUAUGUCCAGUAACGAUCUCGCCUGGAAAGAAAUAGACAGAUAUCAGGGUAUGACGGAACGAGAAAAGACGGACUUCAAUCGCGGGGACACAAACAAUGAUUACUUUUUCAAGCGUGGUCGCAAUACCCCCGACAUCGACCGCGCACAGAAAAAAAUCCGAGCCGCGGAGGCCGAUAAAUCGGACGCUUUCAAGUCUACAGGUGACAUAUCAGCAGCACCAUCUCUCCUUUCUCUUUGGACGAGUAAGAUCAACUCCCUCGCCGCCAAACGGCACGAGGAGUUCGCCGGGCGCGCUGAGUCCAGUGGCGGCGGCAAGGCUGAUCUCUACCCGCACCUCAACAUUGACUCCAGCGCCAGUGGCAGGGGAACUCCUGUAAAGACCUUAUGAAUGAGCCUAACAGAUAGAGUGAUAUGGGAGAUGGUGUUACGUGACAUGAUAGAUGGCGUUACAUAACAUGGCAGAAGACGUUACGUAACAGCUGAUGGCACUGCUUUACAUGAAAGAUGGCGUAACAUGAUAGAUGAUUGCGUGACACCAUAGAAGGGUUUGGUGUUGGAAAUGGAAUGCGUAUAUAGCUGUUUCAAAAAAAGUUGUAAAACUCUACGUACCCAGACUGCUAAGUUGUAUGUGUAAGUGCACAAAUGUGCUCGUUGUUCGAGUUUGCGAGUUGAUAUUUAGCUUUGGACAUUCGUACUAGCUUUCAGCAAAGCUCUGUUUUUUUUUUUCUUUUGAUUACAGCAUCUACAACAGCGAGGUAUCAAUAAAGUAUAUUUUGCUUCUAGCCAAACUACCUUUCAUUCAGGGUGCGUAGGCUUUAGCGACCGACAAACUAUAUUGAAAGAGCUGUAUGCUGCUAUUAUUUCAAGACCCAUGUUACGGCUUUGUUCACAGUCUUCGUAUCGAAAGGAAUAAUGAUUAAUGAUCUGUCACGACAUUAAACACGCAGUGGAAUAGCCAAAGCCAAGCCUUUUUUUGUCUGCUCUAAAGAUAUUUGCAAUAAAGAUUCACGAGACUCGCCCA